AUGGCUGGGAAGAAAUCUGGUGAGUGUGGUGGGCCUUCACCAAGACUCUCGCGGAUUGUAGUUGUAAAGUCUUCGGCUCUUGUUCGGGAGCGUGAAGCCUUGGAAGUGAAGAAAAUUAUGACGGCACUAUCAAACAUCAGAUUUGUAUAUGACGAAAAUAGUGAUACUACAAUCUUUUAUGUCCUGGAACAAGAACAAUCAAUCAAAGCUAAUAGAAGGCAACAUAACUUUAUAGAAGAUUGGAGAAUGAAUGAUUCUGUUCCAUUUACAAGCAAGUUGCAAGGUAUUAGUUCGAUGACGCAUUUGGAUCAAGCAAGUCCUCCUAUUCAAAGUAUCUACUAUAGUGCGAACAAUGCUGAGCAGAGGGAGAGGAGUAAGGAAGGGGAUGCGAUCCUAAUGCUAGGGCAAAGGAUUUUGCAGCUCAUGGCUUGGAGAGAAGGAUUGAGGUUGGAGAAUCCAGUCGGUUAG